GAGCAGGAAGUUCGCAAAGCUACGAAACAAACAAAAAAAAAAAAACAACAACAACGAUAAAUUUAAAAAAAAAUUAAAAAACAAUUGUCCUGAACAUGGUUAACUCCAGAGUGAAAUAGUCGCUAUCGGAGCGGGGGAAAUCGUUUCAGAAGAAAAAUAUUUAUAUAUAAACGGAAGUUUCUCACCCCUUGCGCGCGGCUAGCGCUAGCGUAGAUUAGCUUAGCUUAGCUUAGCUUAGCUUAGUAUAGCUUAGCUAGACUUUGCUAACAAGGAGAGAGAGAGAGAGAGAGAGGUGAAAAAGGACGGAAGCAUUCACACAGUGCUGCCUCGGUCACAGAGACACUCCCGGGUCUAAAAUAAACAUUAUAAGGAUUAAUACUUGGCGGAAUACUUGAACAUCCGGGGUCUUUCUUUCAGUCAGAAAAGUUAAAUUCGACACACACAGACACACGCGCACGCACACAUGCACGCGCGCGCGCACUCUGGCACGCACUGAACCCGAGGCCUGCAUGUGUCUGAGGAGAGAAACUAUUAGAUUUUAUUUUAAUAAUAAUUUAUAAGAGUGAAGAUGUCGGCCCAGGCGCAGAUGAGAGCCAUGCUGGACCAGCUGAUGGGCACAGGCCGAGACGGAGACACGAUGCGCCAGAGGAUCAAGUUCACAGAUGAGAGUGUGUGUAAAAGUCAUCUGCUGGAAUCCUGCCCUCACGACAUCUUAUCAGGGACGCGUAUGGACCUGGGCGAGUGUUUGAAAGUGCACGACCUGGCUCUGAGAGCCGACUACGAGAUUGCCUCCAAACACCAGGAGUACUUCUUCGAGCUGGACGCUGCCGAACACUUGCAGUCCUUUAUCGCAGACUGUGACCGGAGGACCGAACUGGCCAAGAAACGUCUGGCUGAGACUCAGGAAGAGAUCAGCGCAGAGGUCGCUGCCAAGGCAGAGCGUGUGCAUGAACUCAACGAGGAAAUCGGGAAGCUCCUGGCACGAGCGGAGCAGCUGGGUGGAGAGGGAAACGUGGAAGAGGCUCAGCAGGUUCUGGAGAAGGUGGAGAAAACGCGCGCCCUCAAGAAAGAGGCAGAGGACAUAUACCGGAACUCCAUGCCAGCCUCCAGUUUCCAGCAGCAGAAGCUGAGGGUGUGUGAGGUGUGCUCCGCCUACCUUGGCCUCCAUGACAACGACCGUCGCCUUGCCGACCACUUUGGCGGGAAACUGCACCUUGGCUUCAUCGAAAUCCGGGAGAAGCUCGAGAAACUGAGAAAAGCAGUGGUGGAAAAGCAGGAACGGAUGCGCAUGAAACGGCGGGAGGAGAGAGAGCGAGAGGAGGAGAGACAGAGGGAGUGGGAGAUGGAGAGAGAGAGGGAGCGUGAACGUGAGAGAGAAAGAGAGCGGGAGAGGGAACGAGAGAGGGAACGGGAGAGGGAGAGAGAGCGCAGGAGGUCCAGAUCUCGCAGUGGGGACAGAUACAGGGAUGGUGGAAGCUCAUCAUCUCAUCGCUCGCGGCGACAUCGCUCCUCCCACUCCAGAGACCGGGACCGAGAGAGGAAGCACAGACAUAAAGACCGCCAUCGCUCUCGCUCUCAUUCUCACAGGAGAAAGAAGAAGAGGUCGUCACACACCCGAGAGCGGGAGCCAUCCCAAUCGCAGGAGCGAUGGAGGGAGUACGGAGGAGAGGACAGGUGGAGGGAAGACGGCUGGAGGGACAUGGAGCGAGAGCCGGGCGAGAGAGAGAGGUCGAUCUCGUCCCCGGAGAUGGGCAGACUGAGGGGCAGAGAAAGAUCCGUGUCCGUGGAGAGAGAGAACCGCUCCAGCUCGGAGGAGAGGGAGUCAGGAGAGAUAUAAACAGAUUGAUAGAGAAUGAUGUCGGUUGCUAUGCUUUCACAUGACUUCCUGUUCCGGUUCCUUAUUUCUGUGUUAGCUGAUCUGUCAGUGACUGGAUGGGUUUUGGCAGAGAGAUGCACAUCACAUCUGAUGUCUCAUCACUGAUCUGAAUUAUCAGCACAAUUAGGCCUUAUUUCCUACAACACACAGACAUGCUGUGUAUCUGAGAUUCCUUUGAUGACUAAACAUUAAAAGAAAGAUCUUAUCCUCACCUCAUCCUCAUAUCCUUCGUUUAGGUUGUACUUUCAUAAGGAUUCGCUCUUUUCUUCCAUUUAAACUGAAAAUAGUUAAAAAGAUUGUCCACUUUCCAGUUUUUUCAGUCUUGUCCAGUGUAAUGAUAUUUUGUCAGCAUGUCAAACUGCAGCCCUGCAGACCGACAGCGUGAAGUUACGUAAUGUGCAGCUAAGUUAAUAAUAAUCACACUGAAAAAUAUUAAUUAAUAAAAAAUUCACCAAACUUCACCUAAUAUAUUUAUAUAUAUAUGUCCACUCCUCAACAACACUUAAUCCAAAUAACUGGCCGAGCCACCUUUAGCUCACUGACCAAAUUGGAGUUAAUGGAUUGUAAUCACGGACUACAGCAGAUUUCAUAUGAAUUUUAUUAAAACUUGUGUAAUACACCAAUACAUUUCUACACAAGAGAAUAGAGCCUGAUUGACAAAGCUGAGGUUUUGUCCAUUCUGGGACUCGGCCUUCAGGGCUGCAGCUAGACGGCAUGCAUCUGACUGACCUGUUCUCCACCAGGAGUGUACCGAGCUGGCUCUCUGCAUGACCUUUCACCCAAUCCUCUGAGAUACGAAUCAGUGGCCGCAGAUUGAAGAAUCGAGGACUCUAGUUAAGGUUUUUGUUUGCUUUUGAGACGUAGUGGAAAUGAUGGGCGUGUAAAUAACAUUUGCGAAUAGAUUUCAAACAGGUUUGCACAUCCCGGCUCCGCGUGUUAGACUCUUGACGAUUCGCCCGCUCUGACGGGUUGUGACCGGGUUUAUUUGGGUGGGGGGGUUUGUUACAAAUGGGAAGAUGUGUACAGGACCAGAGAUUGACUGGUGUUUAUGCAUUCAGAUAUGGAGGGAGCGACCUGCAAUCUGCCAGCCAACCAAAGUCGAGUCGGGGGGGAGUGUGCGAUUCACCUUCAUUCAUGUUACGGCAAUUUAAUGUGAGGAAUUAAACUCCUCCAGAUGUUCAGCUACCACAAAAGAUGUGUAUUUUCUUUCAAAAUGAACGAGUCUUUUUUUUGUUUGUUUGUUUAUUACUGUUAUUAAACAAAUGGUAACUGA